UUACUCACUUCGUCGCUUGAGGGCGCAGGAUUGUGUCCAAGUGCCCACCGCACAAUGAGUGGUGCGGUUUUUGCCAACAAGUAGGAACGGCGGGCGUGCGGUACUAGUAUACUACGCGUGAUGCAUCGGGAGGAUAGUGUCUCCCGUGAAGAUCAAUGCAUACACCUACCUGACCAGUGUACCUGCCGGCGUCUGCACUUAGUGCGUAAAAACAAAAAAAUGUCUCUGCAGUCCUUGAAAUCUGCCAACAGACUUAAGAUGCGACAAGUGGCUUGUCUUACGUCAAGUUGGAUCGUUCCAGUCAGACAUCGAACCCGCAUAAAUCCACCCAAAGCGACAAAAAAAGGUCGUUUGUUACUCAAGGACCAAAAAAGGCUCAAACUGAAGGAGGAAUAUAAGCAAGACCCUCAAAAGAUGCUAACAGAAACAUUGAAGAAAUCUGGCAUUAAACUGUGCCCCCCCUUCACGGAACGUGCUGUCACAAUAACUUGUACAGGGGAUAUAUUUGAGCCGUAUGUCCCUCCUGAAGGAGAUGGCAAAGCUAUGUCUCUUACACCAGAGGGAGCUAAGCAGCGAUUGGAAAGAGCCAAAAAUAUAGGUGUGACUCAGUUGCAUCAACGUAAAAUUCGCCAGUUUGAACCAGAAUUCACUGCCUCAGAAUUUGCCUGGAAAGCCCAGAAGAUCUUCAUUGAUGCCCAUAAUGCAUUGCAAGACUUUGACAAGAACAUUCUUCAUCGCUUGGUGACAGAGAGAGCUUAUCCAGAAAUGACGAAAGGCUUCCAGUUCAAAACCAUCCGAUGGAAGUUUCUGGAAUCAAUUGAAAAGCCAAGAGUUGUUCAUAUGCGAACCACAGAUAUGAUUGAUAAAGGCAACUUGUAUGGUCAAGUUACAGUUAGAUUCCAUUCCACACAGGUGUUUACCGUCACUGUUUCAAGGAACAGUCAACCCUACACUCCCCAUAGGCCUUGCCAUUUGAGUUGGCGCUUGGCACGUUAGCGGCCCAUAUACAUGUAAUCCACAUAUCCCUAGCUGCAUAAGAAGGCGGAUUGUAAUUUUUAGCUGUUUCCCAUUUAACCGCUUGAGUGGGCGUUCCUUUAUUUAAGCAAACAUUUGUGGAUAAAGGCCUAACCUCUUAGUGGGUGCUCUUUGAUAAAGUGGUAGGAUGGGGAUAAGGCCUAGCCACAUGAGUGAUUCACUCAUUCAUAUGUAGCUCUGAUGAAGAUAUAGGCCUUAGCUGCAAGUGGGGGAGUCUCCAUCGGGAUGUCCCCUGCUCACAGUCAAGCACGGAGCUGACUUAAGUGGCAAGAUCAAGCCCGCACUGUUUGCUGGAGCUUGAUCUUUUAGAGAAUGAGGGCAAAGGCCAAGCCGCAUGAGUGGGCGCUCCGUAAUCUAAGCGGCUUAGACGAGGACUCUGGCCUUAACCGCAACAUUGGAUUCCCUUUUGGGGCAUUCCUGACUCAUCACCAUUCUACUUUUCUGCCCCCCAACACACAACUGAGCCACCGUCUCCACCAACCACCUAAGAGACAACGAGUUGGCCCAUCAAUCGCCCAUAGCUCAGAAAAGCCUGCGGGGUAACAGGGCUUCUAUUCCUCCACCGCCUGCAACGUUUACCGGCCGCUGCAGGUCCACAGCGCGAAGGCUGCCUCUUCGGUAGCGUCAACUGAGCAGUCAUCUAGUCUGCCUCAUACUUGUAACCCCUGGACGGGCUCCCGACAUUCUAAGGGGUCCAGCCUUUAGGCUGGUCCAUUGUCCCAAGUUGAUGACACCCACGCCAGCCAAACUCUCAACUGCCCGCUACGGGACAGGCUUGCGGCCCUUCUUGCCACAUCAGCCACUGGUUCACCCCGACAUCUAAGGCCCAUGGGCAAGCGUUCUUCUUCGUAGGUUUCUUCAAAACCACGAAGAGACACCACUCGAAGCAACAGGAGUUUCCACCUGAACCAUGGAUGACAGUGUUCCAGUCUAUUAUUGAGUCUCUGUCCUCCGUCAUCUGUUGUCUGAGUGGUAAACUCCUGCUGGCUUUUACCGCUCUGGAGCCGGACGUACCUCCUACGGAUCCCCACUAUCCACCUGUCCUGCAGUCACACAUGACUACUCACAGUGUGGAACUCACUGAGGCUUAUACCAAUCCAGCACUGACCCUGCAAAACAUUCUGCAAUGUACAGGAGUAUCCCUGGGUCCUGAUUCAGCUAAGCUUCAGUCUGAGCAUCAGACCGUGUCAUCAGAGGUUGACAUCGACUUUGUCGGCAACCAUCCCCCUUCUGAAGGACGCCUCCGUCUUCUUGAAAGAGGUAUGAUUCAGGUGACGUUCUCGGUCUUCCAUUGCCCUCUCCUCCACAGCGUGUCGUCGGACAUUCUCCGUUUAAUUAAGCCAGCACUACCUACACUGGCCACUUUGUCCCGGUGCUACCGUCUUUAGACACCUUUCAACUUGGGUAUUCUGGCGUUGAGGUGAUGCAGAUCCCUCUUGGGUCAGCGUCCGUUUGUUUCCGAGGCGGCCCACUGAACUCUUUAUGUCACUCUGUCUUCCAGCUACCUUCUGGGAAGACCAAUUAUACCCCUUUGGCCCUUCUGCCAGCUCUGGGAUGACCCCCUAUGGAGACAGUGCCAGGCUAUGUGGAUACAACACCACCUGUGUCCUGGGCUCUGGUACCGCCAUGAGUCACAAAUCUCCUUUUUCAUGUGGCAUGUCUGACAAGGCUGCAUUGAGAAGACCCCACGCCGCUCAUGCGCCAGCCCCACUGAUCCACCCAAUGCCUUGAACCACCACUCUCUGUCACCCUUCAUCGAGGGCAUCCAAGUAUAGGUUGACACUACAUGUUACCGGGCCACCCCCUGCCUUAGCCCACCGUUUACGUGACCCCGCUGGACGCAGUACGAGGUAUGCAGGCACAAUGCAGAUCAAUACGAGAACGGGUCGCGGUUCAAGUAACUCCUAUCAUUACGCUAAGCAUCAACCCUCAAGUGGUGUUCGACUCAUGUGGGGGGGGUGCGGAGCUGAGAAACAAUGAAUGUGUACAAGCAGCCUACCGGAUACAACCUUCUCACUACUGGUACCUGUGCACUUUGCCUGCAGACCCCCUCUGACCGCCAAACGCCUGAUCCCACCGAUGUCCAAGACUUCGCCAUCAGGGCACCUAGGCAUGAAGUAGACAACAGUGAUCAAUGGGCAGCCCCCUCAUUUCUGGCUCUGCCCUAGUGUUUAUACCAUUUGUAUUUGGACCCACUGCAUGUAUACUAUUUCUCUAGUCCGUACCUCGGGUGUCCGAAUUCACUGAUCUUUACACUAUCGUGGAUUCCACACCCUUCUCACUAUCCUGUAAUCCCGCACUUUUCCAGGGGUUUUCUGGUACACUAAUACAUUGCCGCAUGUAUUACCAUUAUGGCCCAUCAUGUGCUUCCUCCACAAAUUCUUCCACACGACCUCUCUUUGUCCUGUUUACUGUCCGGACGUGAGAUCUUCCAAUGUGGGCGUGUCCAAACUUUCUAUACAUACAGUCGAACACGAUUAAGACGAGCAUGCUUGAGACAAGAUCGCACUUAAGAUGACCAUAUUUCUUCAGUCCCGUUCAAAAUGUACCUAUUCCUAUGAGAGAAAACUUACUAAAUAUGAGCUGCGCAAAAACGAACACUUUUGUCUAUCAACAGGCAGUGUCAAAAACUAUUGUCCUUGGCAUUUUUAAUACGAGGACAUUUGAAAACACGUCUUCAAAAGCUUAAGCCCAGUAAUCCCAGUAAGUAAUUCUUGAUGGAGAGCGUCAGUAGUUCUCAAAUAAUGCUAGUCCGCCCAGCAAUUUGUGCUGCAGUUUUACCACCGAUGACUUGGCGACUCUACUCCUUAUGCCACUAGAGGGGGCUUUAUUCUAGACGACAAUAGGUGUUGUGAUGUUGUGGCAUCAAAGUAGUUUCUAUCACAGCAGGUCUGGUCCGAAAAUUGAAAGAAAAUUGAAAUGGGUUUUGGAAAUAAAUUGUACACCCUUCCAAAGUUCCCUUCCUUAAAUAAACCGACGCCCCACACAACGUCGGGUACCGGUUUCCAAGGAGUGCUUUGCCGGGCCACGCCGUCCGCAUGGCGGAUGGCCACUUGCAACCACUGUUCCCGCUGUUGCGUCGAACAAGUAGGCAUAUUCGAAAUCAUUGUUUUAUUCGUUCGAGCCAUAUUUAUUAAUAUGAUUUAAACUUUAUUAACAAGUUAAAGGCUGGUACAUGUACAUUGAAUACUAAUCCUCUGCGUAUACUGUGCCGCACAUUACAUGUUGGCCUACAGUACAUUGCCCUAGUGUGUAACAAUGCUUAAUGGUGCAUGACGUCAGGCUUGCUUUUAAUGAAUGGGGUAAGUGUCAAGAAGUAUAACACAAGGUUCACCGUAAGAUAAGGUUUUUUGGAGAGUCCCUUCAAGCUCGAAUUAAGCUUGUUCGACUGUAUACCAUCUGCUAUUGGGUCCAGAUCUAUGUCCUGUGACUGUCACGAGAUCCGAUAAAGGUUGGUCUACUGUCGGCCCGAAAUCUUGUCAAGAGUAUCCCUCGGAUUAUCACUUCCGAGAAUGCCCCGCAUGAUCAAAACAAAGAGAUAUACUUGACAGGUCUUGUUCGAUAUUCAAUGAUGAACUUGCAUUCAUUGAAAUAAAAAUGAUUUGGACUUUCAAAGCGGUAUUUUGUGUCUGCAGUUUUUCCGCUCCUGAAUGGGAAAUAUGAACACUGUAUUCCCGUCAUGCAGCACUAUUACAGAUUUUAAUUUAUGCAUGGAUGCCCCGUUUGCGACUCUCAAAUUUUCAUCUCUUCGAAUAUGUCCAGUCUGACUUCAAUUUCCCAAUCAUGUGGUUUAAAUGCCCGAAGUCCUUCAAUAACAGGAACGUCAACAGCCACUCUUAAAUAUAGAACAAGGCUUAUUCUCCAGAUAUGCUUUGACACCAUUCGCAUACACUGGAAUUGUGGAGUGUCGCUAUUACAUCCCACUUAGCUAAUCUUCUGGCAAUAACUCCUUGCUCGAUAAGGAUGAGGUCUAUCCUUAUCCAGCCCUCACUACAGUCGUAUUUGGGGUUUCGAAAAAAGAAGAAGAAAUGUCACCUCUAUUUAUGAAUGAUAUUUAAGGUUUUGUUGUCCAUUUACACCUACCUGUAAAACUUUUGCUCAGGAAUGAGUUUGGUAAGUCUCCCCUGUUACAAACUAACCAGUAGUCAUGAAGGAUUUGGAGGACAAACACUAGUACAGUUUUUCUUCCCUUUCCGGCUCCACACUAUGGUCAAGUCCUGCUCUGCCCUCUCCGCAGUCCUCACAGGCAACGCGGGGAGAUACAGGCUAAAAGGAAAUAUUGAAGUGGCCCCCAUUCCCCAUGUCUGACACUAAUGGCUAAAUUACUUCUCAGAUACCUCGGGGGAUUUAACUUGUACUUUCUACAGUAGUAAGGUUCUAGCAGACACCUCUUUAGUCAGAUUAAUACCUGUGUCUGCUACCCUCUUGGAUUCAUGUCUGCCCCUUCAUUCAGCCAAACUCAUCGAAUUCCAAUCUCUAUUGAUACAUAUAAUUAUUACAUGUACAUGGGGUUCCU